AUGGCUUUGGUCGGAGACCUGGAGUUCUUUGCACAAGAGUUCGGAUGGCCCACGGCGAACAGCAACGAAUUGUGUCCAUACUGCAAAUGUGAUAAUAGAUUCAAAGAUGCAGAUGCAGUCGCCCCGUACAACGACUUUAGAGCUGGUGCUGAGUGGAGAAGGCAGCCGAGAGAACCAAGAGAAAAUGAACACCCUUUGUUCAAAGUUCCUGGGAUAAAUUUUUGGUCCCCGAAACUCGAUGUGUUGCACAUGUUAGACCUGGGAGUCAGUUCGCAUGUUUAUGGAAACUUGAUCAACGACAUCUUGGAGGACCACCUGCCUGGGAACUUCGGUGCAUCCCUUGGAGCUUUGAAUGCAAGAAUCGUGGAGCUGUACGAGAGUCGAUCGAUCCCAGCGAAUGCCAGAAUCCCGAAGCUGAGCAAAGGGAACAUUCAUGGUCAGACUGGGUACCCGUGCCUGAGCCAUGUGAAAGGGCGACGAAUACGCCAGUUCUCGAGUGUGGCUGUGGAUCUGGCAAACUUGUACAAGCACACAGACGCAGGAAAACAUCGUUUUGAAGCAGUGAAAGCCCUGGACGAGAUUUACGAGCUGUGUGACAACCAGAAGUAUAAGUGUGACAGAAGGGAGCACAGAAAGAUGGAGAAGGAGAUUGACAAACUGCUCCUGCACUACACUUUCUUGAGCAGAGAUGCUUUCGACAGAGGAAAGAAGAGGUACAGUGUCACCCAGAAGUUCCACCUGACGGCACAUUUUCAUCUUCAGUGUCAAUUUAUGACACCAAGACUUGCUUGGACCUAUGGUCCUGAGAGUUUCACGUCGGUUUGCAAGAAGAUCGCUGCCUCAUGUGAUAGAGCAACUCCAAGCUACCAGAUUCCACUGAAGAUUGCUGGAAAAUUCGCAUUAGCUUACGAGCUCCUGCUACGAGGAUGGCUGAAUCUGGAUGAAGAUGAGGAGUGA